GCGAUCUCUACGCGACCGACCGCGAGCUCGCGACGCGAGUGAUAAAUUGAACUUUAUACUCGAUCGGACCAUUCUACUACGCUACACGCAGUGUGAGCAUUCAGGCAAGACGCCAGCUGGCCGAGUGGCCAGUAGUCACCCGUAUAUCGCUGUAGCAGCUCGCACGACAAGUUUUCCGCGUCACAAGUCGAUCCUAACGGGUCGUAGGAAAUAGCUAUGGAAAACGGGGGAACCGUUGAAGUGCAUAAAACACAACCUGCUAAUGGAAUCCAGAGAAACACAUUUAUGAACGGGCCGGAUCAAGUGGUGCCGUCAUCGGAUUACACAGUAUGGGCGCCAGACGCCGCUGUGAAGCUGCGGAUUGCACCCCGAGGCUUGGCUGCUGAGCCGCCCUUGUCCGUCCCUGGACUGCUCACGCGCAUGGCCACACGAUACCCGGACCUGUACGCACUGUGCUCCAAGAAAAAGGACGGCAAAUGGCACAAAAUCACAUACAAACAGUACAGGGAGCGCGUGCGCACCGUCGCCAAAGGAUUCCUGAAACUGGGUCUAGAGCGGUACCAUUCUGUGUGCAUCAUAGGAUUUAACUCAGAGCCUUGGUUCCUCUCCGAUCUGGCCGCUAUACACGCAGGUGGUUUCGCGGCGGGCAUCUACACUACAAACUCUGCGGAGGCCUGUUUUCACUGCCUGUCCUCGUCUCGAGCUAACAUCUGCACAGUGCAAGACAAAAAGCAGCUAGACAAAGUACUGUCAGUGAGAAGUCGACUGCCUCAUCUAAAAGCCAUCGUGCAAUGGGAGGGCAAUGUGGACACUUCUAUACCGGGUGUUUACAGCUGGGACCAGUUAAUAGAGAUGGGCACUAAAGAGUCAGAUGCAGCUCUUAAUAACGUCUUGAAGAACAUAGCAGUAAACGAAUGCUGUACAUUAGUUUAUACGUCAGGCACAGUGGGUCCGCCUAAAGCAGUGAUGCUUUCACACGACAACCUCAUUUGGGACGCCCACUCAAUCGCAACGCGAGUAGGGGACAUGCAGCCCGAUUUAGAACGGAUGGUCUCCUUCUUGCCUCUUAGCCACGUUGCCGCACAGGUCGUAGAUAUUUACACAGCAAUGACGAAAGGAAUCUCAAUAUAUUUUGCACAACCAGACGCACUAAAAGGCAGCCUAGUAGAAACGUUAAGAGAAGUCCGUCCUACAAGGUUCCUAGCAGUACCAAGAGUAUUUGAGAAGAUGCAUGAGAAAAUUGUUGCCGUAGGAGCAUCGAGAGGAGCAAUCACUCGGUACAUCGCUGGCUUAGCUAGAAGUGCUACAUUAAACUAUCACACAGCAAGAAUAAAUGGGUAUGAAGGUUCAUCUUUCGGAUACAAGUUGGCUAAAUCUUUCGUCAUAAGCAAAGCGCUAGAUGCCUUGGGGCUCGACCAAUGCAAGCUUUUCGUCUCCUCUGCAGCGCCCAUAUCACCGGAGAUCAAAAAAUUCUUCCUGUCUCUAGAUAUGCCUAUCGUGGAGGCUUUCGGUAUGAGUGAGAUGGCGGGAGCUCAUGCACUUAGCAUCUACCCCAAAAUGAAACUCGACUCCGUGGGCGAGUUGCUAGAAGGUACAGAGACGAGAUUCGAUGGCUCAGUGAGCCCCAAUGGCCCCGGCGAGAUCUGCAUGCGCGGUCGCCACCUCAUGAUGGGCUACCUCAACGACAAGGAGAAGACCAAAGACACCAUCGACGAGGAAGGCUGGAUCCAUUCCGGAGACAUCGGCAGGGUCGAUGAACACGACUUGCUAUACGUCACUGGCAGAAUAAAGGAAUUACUGAUCACAGCAGGCGGUGAGAACAUAGCGCCAGUGCCCAUAGAACAAGUGGUACAAGCUGAACUGCGGCACAUCAGCUACGCGGUACUCAUAGGGGACAAGAGGAAAUUCCUCUCCAUGCUCAUCACUAUCAAAGUGGGUACCUAUCUUCAAUACACACCAUUUUUUUCAAUAUACCGUCAAAAAAUUUAAACAUCUAUAUAUAAAUAAAUCUUUUAAUUGGCUUGACCGAUUUUGGUGCUUUAUGUGAACAUUCAUGCGAGUCCCUGGAUGAUUUAAAUCCACAGCUAGACCUGGAAGGUGGCGCUGCAGUGGAAAGGACAAACUCAGUCGAGCUCGCUAGUUAUUUUUAAAAACUGUAUGGGAGAAAAAGUGUAAAUGUACUUACAUUACCCAUGCUUUUUCAAUAAUACAACAUCACUUUAUACUUUUUCCGCUGUAUGAUAUUCACCCUGCUUCAUAAUUACUGUUGUUUUUUAUUCAGACCAAAGUAGACAAUGAAACGGGAGCGGCACUCGAUGCACUAGAAACGGAAGCACAAAAGUGGGUCGCCAGUCUAGGCAGUAAAGCCACGACACUCAGCGAAAUAUCCAAAACCAAAGAUCCGGCAGUACACAAAGCGAUAGAGGAAGGCAUAGUUCGUGCAAAUAAGAAAGCUAUCUCAAACGCACAAAAAGUACAAAAGUUCGCCAUACUCCCCGCUGACUUGUCAAUGACAACAGGAGAAUUAGGGCCCACGUUAAAAAUCAAAAGGAGCGUAGUGUAUGAAAAAUACAAAGACGUUAUUGAAGAAUUUUACAAAGAGUGAUUUUAAAGUUAAGCAUAGUAAAAGAAAGAGGGGUGUAAAUUAUUCUGAUGGUAGUUAUUUGCAACAUUUCGCUCAAUUUGAAAGUGAUAUUAUUAUUGUUCAAGUUUUAGAGAAGUGUUUUAAAAUCACUACUAGUUUAUUGAUCGAUAGGGACAUAAUGUGAUCGCAUAGAGGUGUAAGUAGACUAUAUUUUUGUUACAAGAAAUAUAUACAGU